GAGAGAUGACACAGAAAGCAAAGCUAUUCAAAGGCCAGCAGAAGAAGAAAUCAAUCCCGCCAAGCCGUCAUGGCAAACUCCCUCAAACCCGCAAAGGGAAGAGAAUUGUGAAGCCGUCAAAGAUGACCAAGGAGAUGGAUGCUGAUCGGGAGCUUAGCAAGUUCAUUAAUCACUGCAAUGAGGUGAAAGCAGCCACUGCUGCUAACAAGGACGGUGGCCAACUGAGUAUUGUCAAACCACCGCCACCGCCAGAGUCGACUUCUGGUGAGAAGAAAUAGUAAAUUAUGGAUGUAAAGAGUGAUAGAUUGUUUUGAAAGGUGAUGUUAAUCAGCCUUCAUGUUGCAAUAUCAUUUUUCAUGUUGCGGUUCAUGUUGCUUGUAUCAUAAGAGGAAUGUCUAGAAUGAAAAUGUUAAUUUGCUUAUGUUGCAGAAUCUUUGUUUUUUGUUUUUUGGUUUUCUGCUUUUAUUUCAUUUUGCAGAUCCAUGGACAGAGGUGGUGAAAAAUAUUAUUAGAAAUUCAGAGGGUUUACAGUUUUUGAGAUU